AAAUAGCUGCGCGCUGGAGUUUUUGGUCUGUUGGGUGUUCGGUGUUGGAGAGAGCAGUUCGAAAGAAUAGUGCUACCCAUAGCUACAGACAACUAGACAUGGUGCAGAUGCUGAAAGCGUUAAUCGUUCCAGGUGUGCUGGCCGUCGCCGGCUGCUGCUGGUGGUGGUAUAGCUCCCGGAAGAAAACUCCAGGUACCAGCCAGGACAGUGAGGAGAAGGAGGAUGAGCUUUCUUCCUCUAGUGGAGAAGAGCAGUGUGCUCAGUCUGGGACUAGAGCACCUCUCUCAAGCCCAGAGGAGCUCCCCCUUCAGGACAAUGCGGACGACAUCCAGCUAGCAGAGAGCAGUGAGCAGGAAAUGCAGCUUGAGGAGCCAAUCACCAUCAUAGAUGAUCCUCAGACUGAAGACACAACAGUGUCUGCUAUAGAGCUUCCAGAGCUCAAUGUGGUUGAAGACCUGUCUUCCUCUUCUGAAGAUGGACAGUGUGCUCAGUCUGAGACUAGCGCACCUGUCUCAAGCCCAGAGGAGCUCCCCCUUCAGGACACUGCAGACGACAUCCAGCUAGCAGAGAGCAGUGAGCAGGAAAUGCAGCUUGAGGAGCCAAUCACCAUCAUAGAUGAUCCUCAGACUGAAGACACAACAGUGUCUGCUAUAGAGCUUCCAGAGCUCAGUGUGGUUGAAGACCUGUCUUCCUCUUCUAAAGAUGGACAGUGUUCUCAGUCUGAGACUAGAGAACUUGUCUCAAGCCCAGAGGAGCUCCCCCUUCAGGACAGUGUGGACAGUCAGACAGAUGGACGGUAUGCUCUAUCAAGCCCAGAAGAGCUCCCCCUUCAGGUCAGUGUGGGUGACAGCCAGCCAGCAGAGAGCAGUGAGGGGAAAAUUCAGCUUGAGGAGCUUGAGGUGCCAACCACCAUCAAAAAGGAUACUUCUGCUAAAGGCGUACCAGCUUCCUUUCUGGGACGAAAGACAAAACCCCUGGUCCGUUCCACCUCCCAGCCUGUGAAGCCCUUUUUUAUAAGGGAUGAAAAGUAUGAGAACACAAGGGAGAGCCUUUCCCAGGUGGCAUGGGACUCAGUAAUGGACGAUUGGUAUUAACUUACCAAAUAAAAGCUAAAAAAAAUAUAUAUAU